GAGGGUAGUAAAGGAAAUAUAGAGACAACAGUGAUGAAUGUACCGGUGCAGCAUCAUCACUUCAAUACCAACCAAGACACAGAGUUUAAAACGGCCAAUGUGGUUCAGCUUGUUGAGGAUAUUCUCAAUCAAGAUAACUCUCUGCGGAAAGGAGUGAUUAUCCAGGAGGAUACCGACAGAUGUGCUGAAGUCAUUGUUUACUCCCUCUACAAUUAUUUUGAUGAGGAAGAUGUGAACAGUUUCUGUCCUCCACAAGGUGCAGAGUAUGAUGAACCAGAGCAAGAAAGAGAUGUGAGUAAAACAGACAGUCAAGAACUAAGAAGAGAUGUUAUUGGAUCAACCACAAGCUGCCUUCUAGAAACUCCCAAAUACCAAAUCUGCCAAGGAUCAAUAAGGCCUGAAAUCACAGUAAAAGGGAAUGUGAAAUUGUUCAAGAGUUGUAUUGAAAAGGGAGAAUUGGAGUAUUUGAAAACUCUUCAGGAUGAGCCAACAGUGCAAGAACAAGAACUCCCUUCUUACCAAAAUGUGGCUGGACAAGGAAUGGAGCUUCAUCACGAACAGCAAGGUGAUCAAGCAGAGGAGAGUACUGCAGAAUGGGUCCCAGUGGAUGUAAAGAGACUGAAAAACAUGUUCUCUGGAGAUCAAGGACCAACCCAACUGAAACAAAAUAUAUGUGGAAGUCUUGCCCAGUCUACCACCAUCUCUUGUGCAUUCACAAGUCAAAAUGUGCCACGAGGAAAGAACCAGUCCUCUACAGAAUAUAUUCAUGGGCAAGUAAAGAAUAGCUUUGAGAGUGGUGGAAAAACACAAGAAGGAGAAUGUAACUCUACAGUUGCACCACAGGGAUCAUACCUACAUCUUGAGACUAAGGACGAUGGUAGGCUGAAGACUAAGGCUGAAUUAGUCGAGGUGGUGGAUAACAAUGAUGAGAUCUCUAACCUCCAAACUGCAAUACAUAGCCUCCAUCAGGCCACAAUCGAGGCCAAAUCUUUGCAUCACUCGUCACAAGCAAAAGCGGAAUUUCUUGUUCAAGAUCCCAUCUCAGUUACAUCAGGUAAUAUCAAACACUUAAGAAAAAAAGCAGAAUUACCUCAAGAAAAUGAGGACAAAAAACAGGACCCAUGCACCAAGUCUACCUGGAAUGAACUCCCAUCAACCUCCAACAUCACCUCAGAACAUAAAUCAGACCACCAACACAAGAACACAGAUACAUGUGGUAAAGAUACUUAUUCUGAAGGAGUACAAACUACUCAGACAUGCCGCGAAAUGGGUCCAAAGGGCACAGAGGUGGACCAGAAACAACAUUUUCAAACUGCUAUGGUAUCUGUACAGCAAGAGGAUGAGGAAGUUGUUUUUGAGGGUAAACUUCAAGCAGCUUUGGAUUCCCUGGAAAGAUCCAACAUCAAUGUCAGUAGAGGAGAUUUCAGAGCAGCUAUGAUAUACAGAAAUGUGUCCAAACCUCACAAAGAGAGAUCACAAAAUGUGAAUACAGCGUCUGCUCAAAAUCCCACUAAAGAGGAGUUUUGCCUUGUGACUGAACCUAAACCAACUCAAGCAUCACUGAGACAAGAGGAGCUCUCCAAAGAGCAGGUGACUUCAGCAAAUGCAGAGCCCCAAAACCAAAGUAAAAGCCUAAAUAAACCAGCAAGAAGUGCUGUCUCUGGCAGAAGACAUGUUGGUCCAAAACCAGCCAUCCCACCUAAACCUGAGCAUUUGAAAGUGAAACAAAGAGACAUUUUAUCGACCAAUACAAAGAAUCCUGAGGCAACCAAAACUAAUACUUUGAGACCCAAAGAAACAGUUCCUCAACCAUUGCCAAUGAUAUUGGUGUCAUAUAAGGAUGAACAAAAGCAAGGCCUGUUCAAAAUUGAUACUGGUGCAGACUCAGGGCCUGAUUCAGCAAAUCAUCAAAGAAAUAAGCCUUUUGAUGAAGCUUUACAGAUGUCUCAGGAAACGGAAGUAGGGCAUCAAGUACAAGGUUCAGUCGUCAUCUUGGAAUCUGAUAACAUAGAUAAGAAUAUCAUUAAGCGACAACAGGAGAUACAUUUCACAGCAGAAGAGAAGAGCCCCAAGGAUUUCCCAAUCAAAGAGAAUAUGAAUGAAACGGAUGAAAGCCAUGUAGAUUUUCAUGAAGCAUGUAAGAAAUUUGGAGGAAAAAAGGCAAUUUCAGCAAAGAAUGCUCCUGUAAAGCCAAAAAGAGUAAAGAUUGCCCAGCCUGACAACAAGAACCCAAAACACAGGUCUGGAGAUAAUUCCUCAAUUCUUGCACAUGGGGUUGAGGAACCACAACAAACUCUAACUGGUCCAUCGUGCAAUAACCCAAACACCUGUGGACAAACUGCUGACAGCAGAGACAGGCACGAGGAAGAAAUUAAACAAGAAAGCAAAGUUGCGAUGAGAGAAAAGAAAGGACGAGCCGAGACAGAGGACGAACGCAGAGAGCGUCUGUCAGUUCACAUGGAUGAGAUCAUGAGAGAGAACAUAACAGCAGCCAUGGGAAUUUUUGACAACUUGCGAAAGCAGGAGGAACUGGAGAGCAUUCUCAACCGAGUUGAAGAAAUUGAACAGGACACGAGCGAGGUUGAUGUAAAGCGUCUGAGUGGAGUCUUUGAAAACGUUCCUGACUGGGUUGUCAGCUCCGAAAACAAGAAAGAUGAAAAGGCCAAAGUAGAAGACAAAGAAGAGAAGUUACCAUUAAUGAGACACAACAUUCAACGCAAGCCCUCAAUGGCCCAUGUUUUUGGAGAUCUUGAGCGAGCCAGUGAGGAAAUCAUGAAUCUAAAAGAACAGACUUUAGCCAGACUUAUCGACAUAGAGGAAACCAUUAAGAAGGCUCUUUAUUCUGUCUCUACCUUGAAAUCUGAUUCAGAUAUUGUUGGUUUGUCAUGCCUGUUCAAAGAGUCAUUAGGGACAGACCAAGGAUGCCCAUCCUCUGGUAGUAUUAGCAGAAUUAGCAUUGGGUCAAGCAGAACAAAAUCACUGCAGACUCAGGAAAGCCCUACAGCGCAGGGAAACAGAGCUCUGCCAGUUAGCCAGAGUGCAAGAAUUGAAGAAGCCCCUGCAAAACAACGAGCAAGUCCUCCAUCUUCGCCUGCCUUCAUAUCCAUCCAGUCGGCUGCUAGAAAGACAGAUAAAACAGAGGUGCUUCCAUCAGAGACCACAAUCUGCCCGAAAUGUCAGCACAGCCCAAAAACAGAAGAGAAAUUCCGGACAACUAAAACUUUGACAUGCAACAGUCCUGCUCAAAACAGAAAAAGGGUCCCAAGAAAAGGAGGUAAAAAACAAUCCUCUAGCAACCCUAAACGAGAGCUCAGUGUGCUCGAGGUGCAGACUGACCGUGAGGGGAAAAGUAUCAUGGCCACCAAAACAAUCAAAGAACUAUGAGCGGACUGAUCGGUUUUACUCUUCCAAACCCACCACUGUUUUCACUGGUCAGCCAGAAACUACAACAUUUUACAUAUCAGGUCCCCAAGUACCCAGAAGUAUAGCUGCCAAUCAUUCAGAACCUUAAAUCAUUCACAUGUUUGUU